UAGACAAGUAGUUAAGAAGCGGAUCGAGCAAUCAUGAAGUACUUGACCAUCCUCGUAGCGAUCGCUUCAGUUUGCUCAGCCGCUCCAAGCGGACUUCUCGCCCCAUGGGCUCUGUCAGCUGCUAGUCACGCAGGAACAACCCUCCUUGCAGGGCCUGCUGUUGGCCCAGCGCUCGUCGCUGGCCCAGCGGCCCUUCUUGCCGCCCCAGCGCUCGUUGCUGGGCCGCAUGCUGGCGCGACGGUGGUUGCUGGACCAGCUGCUGGACCAACACUAGUUGCCGGUCCCUCCGCUGGACCAACGGUGCUCAAAGGGGCGUCGGCUGGGCCCACUCUUCUCUCUGGACCUGGACCCGUUCUCGGACUUGCAUCUGUACUCGCUCACCAUUGACGAAUAAUAGAAUCAAUAGCUCGUAUCUGUAAUAUCUCUCGUCUUUCCCACUCAAGACUAUGCGGAGCGAUUAUUUCAGAUUAUUCUAGAUUAUUAUUACGACACUGACACAAACGUAUGGAGUUGU